AAUGCGCAAGCGUAUUGAUAUGUAUGCUUGAAUUUACCUCCCUCCCUUUCUCUCUCUCUCUCUCUUAAUAUUGUUGCUUGACGAACCGCGUUACCCCCUAAUUUAUUUCCCCUCAUAGUUGAUCGACCCCUCUCUCUCUUUGAGACUUUGGGAGACACACCACCAAAUAAUCCAGCGACAUCCAGUCGUUCAACCCACAGUUCGAAGUACUCGUGAAAGUGUUACUAGUGCUUGUUUACUCAUUUUUAUAAUUUGGCUACAUAUUCGUCACUUGCAACUCUAUUAAAAUGGCAUCUGGUGUAACUGUGGCUGAUGUCUGCAAGACAACAUAUGAAGAAAUUAAGAAGGACAAGAAACACCGAUAUGUAAUUUUUUACAUUAAGGAUGAAAAGCAGAUUGAUGUUGAAGUAAUUGGACCACGUGAUGCGGUUUAUGAUUCAUUUCUUGAAGAUUUGCAAAAAGGUGGAAGUGGCGAAUGUCGCUAUGGUCUUUUUGAUUUUGAAUAUACUCAUCAGUGUCAAGGCACAUCUGAGGCUUCCAAGAAACAAAAAUUAUUUUUGAUGUCAUGGUGUCCUGACACAGCAAAGGUCAAGAAGAAGAUGUUGUAUUCUUCAUCAUUUGAUGCACUUAAAAAAUCACUUGUUGGCGUUCAGAAGUACAUUCAAGCAACUGAUUUGUCUGAAGCAUCUGAAGAAGCUGUUGAAGAAAAACUUCGUGCCACCGACAGGAAUUAAUUAUAUUCCAAUAAAUAAUCAUUAAAAAAUAAUAAAAACUCCCCAAAUAAAACAACAACAACUAAAUGCGAUUAUUAUUAUUAUAAAUGAUAAUAAAAUAUAAACAACAAACAAGUUUAAAACUCAAUAAAUAUACAGGCAACAAAUUUACAAAAAAAAAAAAAAACAAUGAAAAGAAAAUCAAGAUGCAUAAAAUUGAAAAAAAAAAUAAUAAUAAUAAUUAAUAAUUAAAUACGUGAAUUUGAGGGUAUGUUUUCCCCUUUUUUCUUCGAGCUAAAAUGCUCUUCGUUGUCACAUCGCGUAAGAGGAAUGUCUUUUUACACAUUUUUCACUUAAAAUAAAAAUACAAAUUAAAUAAUCUUAAUUAAAAAAAAACAAUCUGAUGAUUAGAUAACGCGCUACACAUAAUAUUAGUCACAAUGAGUCGAUUUACUUUUAUUUCACCGAUAAUAUCAAGUUAAUAAAAAUAAAGUGAACUACAAGUGGAGCGGGCUUCUUCGUAAGCAAAUAAUAAAAAAAGUAAAUAAAAAAAAAUAAAGACAAAAAAAAAAACAAAAAUAUAA